AGACCUCUUCGUCAUUAUUGAGUAAUUUGUUUUGGCAUGCAUUGCAAUGGACGCGUUCGGGGGAAUGCAGUCGUUACUCAAUUCGACCAGUUAUGUAUACACCAAAGCCGAAGCCAGGAUAUUGGACAAAGGACGAAACUUGGGAGGGCACCGUAUGCUGGGAUGGAAUGUACCACCUGAAGAGUUAAUUUACAUUCCUGAGCAUUGGCUCUCUUAUCCGGAACCGGAGGCGUCUCUGCAUCUACUUCUUGGAAUUCUGUACGUUGGAUUCUUUUUCAUUGCUCUAAUUGGAAAUGGAUUGGUUAUAUGGAUCUUCUCAGCUGCAAAAUCGCUUCGCACCCCAUCUAAUAUGUUCGUGAUAAAUUUAGCGAUUUGCGAUUUCAUGAUGAUGUUAAAAGCACCAAUUUUCAUUUACAACUCAUUCUAUCGGGGAUUCGCGCUCGGCCACUUGGGUUGCCAGAUCUUCGCCUUCAUAGGUUCGAUGUCUGGGAUUGGUGCUGGUAUGACGAAUGCUUGUAUAGCCUACGACAGAUACUCGACCAUCGCGAAUCCGCUCGAAAGAAAGGUCACUAAAGUGAAGGCGUUGGUCAUGAUCAUCAUCAUAUGGAUGUACACGACGCCGUGGGCGGUGCUACCUUUGCUCGAAAUCUGGGGAAGAUUCGUGCCAGAGGGUUUCUUGACCGCCUGCUCAUUCGAUUACCUAACCGAAACGUUCGACAACAAGAUGUUCGUCGCCGUGAUCUUCACCUUUUCUUACCUGAUUCCGAUGAGCAUGAUAAUUUACUUCUACAGUAAAAUCGUUGGAUUCGUGGUGAAUCAUGAAAAGGCGUUAAGAGAGCAGGCGAAGAAAAUGAACGUAGAAUCGCUCAGGAGCAACUCCAGCCAGCAGAGUCAAUCGGCGGAAGUGAGGAUAGCCAAAGCCGCAAUAACAAUAUGCUUCUUGUUCGUUGCCGCUUGGACGCCUUACGCCGUUCUGGCCUUGAUCGGCGCAUUCGGAGAUCAAUCUAAGUUGACUCCCGCUGUUACCAUGAUUCCGGCUUGCGCUUGCAAAUUUGUCGCAUGUAUUGAUCCCUACAUAUACGCCAUAAGCCAUCCCAGAUACAGGAUCGAGCUCAACAACAGAUUGCCGUGGCUCGCGAUCAAUGAGACUUCAACGGAAACGCAAUCAACUACAACAACAACCACUUCAGAACCCGCCCCUCAAGCCUAGAAAGCAAUUAUAUGAUUACUAAAAAUAAAGUACCCACAUUCCGAGCAUUA